UGGCGGGACGGGCAGAUAUGGUAUGGCUCCCUUUUUUUCUUCACUUCUCCAGCGAAUCGAAGACCCAUUUACUGACCCGUAUUAGCGGUCGAACUGGCUAAACUGGGGCAUAUCGUGACUCUCUCAGAUAUUUCACAGUCAGAGCUGGAUUAUGCAGCCAAGUUCGCUAGCGACAGUGGUGUGAUUCUUGAAAACAUUGUCCAAGCAGACGCCCGACAUGUGAGAAAUAACGAGAUCCUCUUUCGAAAGGGUCACUAUGACCUUGUCCUUUGCAUGGGGCCAAUGUAUCAUCUUCUCGAAGAAUGUGAGAGGCUAGCAGUGCUGGAAUCGUGCACUUUAAUGGCCAAACCGGAAGGAUUCGUCAUAACCGCAUUCGUCACAAAAUACGCACAUUUGCGAGAUAUUGCUCAAAGGGAUCCCAGACGUCUAUGUGACGAAUCGGACUUUUACGCUCAGUAUCUGUCGACUGGAAAAUACACUCGCAAUCCGAGCAAUAUCGUGUCACACCAUAUCGACGUUGGUGACAUACGAGGGCUUUUUGACAAGCUGCAGCGCAACGGGUUGGCAAAUAUUCGCCUUGAAAGGCUUAUUGGGUGUGAAGGGUUUUUAGGGGUGGCCUGGGAGCAACUAUUAAUCUGAACGACGCAGAGACGUAUGAAGCUUGGGUGGACGUUCUGGCUAGAUAUUCAAUGGACCCCCAUGUUCUUGGUGCCUCAGAUCAUAUUGCCGCAGUUGCCAGGCGUAUUGGGUAGAUGGGCAUGUCUAUGUUAAUAGAAAGUGCUGGCGUUUCAAAAUUGUGUGGUAUAGAUAUACGCGAAAGUUGGCCAUAACGAUUCCCGCUAUCCAGCAUACUGGUCGAAUGAUAGUGACGCUAAGAAUUGCCCUCUAAUCGCUAAUUUGAACCAUGUGAAUCCAUUUGCUGGGCCGUAGGUUGAGCCUAAAGCUUACCCCUGGAACCGCAGCCCAGAUCAAGAUAUUAUCGAUAUAAGCCUUAUUAGUGUGUCCUUUUGUCAGGCAUAUAUACUCUUUCUAGACGAUGAUCCAAAAAAAAAGAAAAGCCUGCAAACCCCUUUCUCCGAUAUGGAUAUAGCAUAUGGCACCGCUCUUUCGACUCAACUCCACAGGCAUGGCUGGUCAGGUCGCCGAGGCUUCCACCGCGAGGAAAGGUGACGGAUAAAGAGGUACACUCACGGCUACAUGUCUCAAGUAGACGAAGCCAACCAAGGAGCACGUUGUAUGCUAGUCCAUCCCAUGCAUAUUGAAUUGUAAAAUCUGUUGUGACAGCAAUCAACAGCCCUUUUUUUUUUUUUUUUUUUAGGUGUGUUUCCUAGCUUAAAUACGUUAGGUCUUGCCUUGGUCCAAUAACAAACUAAUAAUGAGGGGUCCCAGGCAAACUAGGGACUGGUUGAGGUAUAACCACUGGUAACGUAGGCGAAGUGCGUUCAUUAGUUAUUAUUCCAGAACGCCUUCGGCAUCCUAUGGGGUAUAUGGAUUUUGGCCAGAGAGACAAGGAUUUACCUGGUUUCUCUGAGAUAAACAAACCCAACCAUCACAUGCAGGGAAGCGACUCAACAUGGCCCGCAGAUCCCGCCCUGGUACCUGUUUAGUGUGGCUGCCAGCCGUCUCCCCGCAUAUUCGCCCACCUGAAAAUGCUUGGCUCAAGUUGAACCCGCAGAAGACAACAGGAUGUGCAGCACAUUACUGUAGUUCUUCGUAUGCUGAAGAUUGAUGUUGCUCUUUAAAUUUUCGCGAGUCGAAAGUCUUCAUCAUUAAAGGUCUUGAUUAAGUAAGUCACAGUUACGUAAUUGUCACGUGUCAAGUCCGUCCCACGUCACCUGAUAUCAAUUCAUUUCGGCCCAAGCUUUUUGGACAAGGGGGUUGACAGUUGAGAGCUGCAUUCCUUUCGCUUCCAAGGCAGACAGAACAUUCCUCGCCCUUGUUCGCAUCAACUACUUUUUGCUAGAAGCGUAUUACAGGAUCGGCCUCUAAGAUCAGGUUGCCAGGCUAACUCAAUUAGUUUCACUGGCCAACUAACUUAGUUUACAACUCUGAAUUGUGGUUAUUCCUGGCCCCUGGUAGCCGCACCAUCGUGAUGGACUCGCUUGAGCCGUGUCAAACGACCAAUUGUUUCCAAGACAUGUCAACCCUGGCUCUUCUCAGUUCUUUAAAUACACUCUUGGACAAGGUAUCCAAGUUUACCGCCACUUGCCCUUGCUAGCCAUAUGAAUAUUCCUGAGAUGAUGACGAGGACGGUGACCUAUGUGAAUGGCCAAUAAAGAUAGUUUUUACUAUAAAAAUGGCUAUCUAUACCCCGCAAAUGAUACUGCACCAAGCCUUGCAUGUCCUCCUGAACUUGCCUCUUGUCCACAUUUUACCCCAGCUUCUGCACAGGACCCCUGACAAUGAAACCCAACGCAGCCCCAUCAGGCACUUGGUAUUUAUACUUUCUCGGUAUACUGAGAGAAGCAAGAAAGCC